UGCGUGUGUGUGUGUGUGUGUGUAAGGGAAGGGGAGGGAUAGUGUAUAUGGAAAAAUCAGUGCACCGUCAGCCCCUUGGAGGGCCCGAGGGCCUUAGCAGUUGUGACCGUGGGGUUGAGUUUGCGUGAAGAUGGUCCUCUACCGCCCGGCCCGGGUUGAUAGUCAUUUGUUAAUUUAAUGCCACCCAUGGGGCUGACAUCAUCGCUAAGGAGGGCCAAAAGAGACCAGUGCGCGUGUGUGUGUGUGUGUGUGACAGUGUUUAAGUUCUUUCGGUUUUGAGCAUAAUUAAGCGUUCUCAGUUAGAUGCCGGGUGGGUUAAGAAUAUGCUGGACAUUCAUUAACCCGACAAAGAAACUCGUUCAUUAAAUUGAGCAUCAAGUUCGAAUCGAUCGGAGAGUUCUAGUAAAAAUUGGUUAAUUUUUCCCGAAACAAUUAACAGCCAUCUUUUUUGUCUUCUUCAUUCCCCCAACACAGUACAGUGCGUCUGUUUUGUCGGUGAACCUUUGGCGCGCGCGAGCUUUAUGAAAUUAGAUUAAUUAGUGUCGGCGUCGGGGCUUUAGCGCGUGCCUGACAAACAGCUCGCUCAAUCUUCCACGUGAAAGUUUUACUCUUCAGUACACUCCAGUGUACGUGUGUGUGUGUUGUUUCCCUCCCAACGUGGCUGCGGUCUUGCUUUCAUUAAUUUCCCUCUAUUGCUUGUGCCGCCGUGAAAAUGAGUGCGUGACCGGUUUUGUUGUUGUUGAUUGCGAUUGGUUGCCGCCCGGUUUGCCUGUAGCGAUAGUGGCAGCCGUUGGCAUGCUGAUGAGAAAUGGUGAACUGGUGCGGUGCAGCAAAACCAAAACUUCCAUCAGCCAUCCGCAACCAGCUCCGUCCCGUGGAUCCUGUGUACGUGGUUAGUACGUGUUGCAUAUGAGAGUGCUUGAACACAACCGAUGACGGACGGUGGUUUGAAGCGGUGAAACGGCGUGAAAGAAAGUGUCGACCGUGUGCUUGCGGAAGAAUAUUAGACCGCGCGCGUUCGGGAAGCGAACGAUUAGAAAAUGUUUUCGAGAUUGUGUAAAAACACCAUCUUCCCUACGGGAGUGAGCCAAUCUUCUGCGGCGGCUGCUUCCACCACAGCACAGGGCGACAGCGGCACGGAUCAUCGGACAGCAGCGGCCGGUAGUAGCAGCGCGGCCCGAACGUCCCACCAACCGAGGGCUGGUACGAGCGAGACCACCGGACCGGGCGCAUCAGAGGCGGGCGAGCAGCAGCAGCAGCCACCGGCCAGCAGUUCCGUGGCCGUUGUUGCAGCGGCCAUCGCAGCCGAUCGACGUCGACGGCGACAUCAGCAGCAACAGCAGCAGCAGCAGCAGCUGGGUGGACGUAAUCUACCAUCGCUGCCGGUUCUGCCGCCGAGAUCUCGCGGACCGAUAAGGGCCCCGGAACCACCGCCACCGUACUGGGCGCACUACGCACACCGACCGGUUCCAGCUGGCGAGAGGAUUGGUGGUGCUGCAUCCUCCUCCUCACCGUCCACUGCUGCCCACGGUCGUGGUAGUGGUGGGGGUGGUGCACCGGCUGCUGCUGCUACUUCCAGGAGGCACCAGGCAGCCACGACCACCGACGACAGUGACACCAGCAAUGACAGGCCCCGCGCUCAUCGUGGCAGAUCAACGUCCGGUGAUAGCUCGUCGAUUGGUGCGACCGUACGCAGAGAGGACGGAAGGGGAGGCCCGAGAGGAGGGGGGCCCGAGCGAGCGGAACCCGCUGCCGUACUGCGGCAUCGCUACAACGUACCGAACCAGCAGCGGCAGCGCAUCAAGGAGCAUUUGCUAAGUCAGGAUGCAUUUUGUCCCGAUUUGGUGCGAAACUGUAAGAAUAUUGCGACCGAAUCGCCGGAACGUCAACCAUCGCCCGCGCCGGUAGAGUACGCCGAGAUUGGUGAAGUAGGCCGCGCUCUCGCAGCGGUUGCCAUCAACGACGGUGCGUCAACGUCGGCUGUGGGUCGCAGGGAGCAGCAGGAAGACGUCACUGCAGCGUCCAACACCAACGACGCGCUGCCGUCAUCUUCCGCUUCUGGCACGGCUGGUAUCGGUGGUGCUGCACCAUCGGCAGCUACUAUGGGUCAAAACUUGAGUAUUCGUAGACCAAAGAUUUCACUAACAUGGGUGCUGCGGGAACAGUCGCGCGAAGGAACUGGAGCGGCCGGGAGUGUCCCGACCAACCAGGCUCACCCACAGCAGCCGCCAGUGUUACAGAGCAUCCCCGGGAAGUGCUCUCCAGCAGGGUCAUCGCCGGUAGAUAAGACGAGUCAGUGCAUAUUGGCUGGAAGUGGACAUGGAAUGGCUGUUGGUGUGCAGAGCACUGCAGGGCAAAUCACAACUUCAGGUACAGGUAUAGGUGCCUCUCCUCUAGGUCAAACCAAUGGACCCACCUCCAAUGGAAGUACACUAAACGGGCAUACACAUCACCAUCAUCACGUGAUCGUGAGGAAAAAGUCUAGAACGCGCAGCAAGGAGCGUCUGUUUAGCGAGAAGUACGUCAGUGAUAACAAUCUCUCGGAGUACCACAGUGAGAAGUUGCGCUCCGUGGUACAUGCGAACGAGUACACUGCCGCACCGACUGCCACUCCCACAGGUGCUAGCUCCAACCUGUACCGAAAGAGCAACCGCAAGAACAGUGAACGUUUGAAGAAGAAGGAUCGGCUGCUGCUCUACCCGAAUGGGACCACCGUGGUCGACGGACCGGUGCACCACAACAACAACAAUCAGCACGCGAUCAAUCUCAACAAGGAGCCGGCAGCGUACGGUGAAGGACUGAAGGAGAAGCUGGCAGUUGCGCUGAAGAAUACCUACUCCGAGCCGUCCCUGUACACGACGGUGUCGGAACCGUCGGCCUCUACCAAGCACCGGCAUCAUAGCAGGCAUCAUCACAGGCGACGGCGGGAGCGCUACCGUUCGCAGCGGUUCGGGUACGAGAUCCAGAACGUGGACGAGUUCCUGUCCAAGUGUUCGCUGUCCUCGCCCGGUAACAUACCCGUGGUGCUGUCGUCCGCCGCGACGCUGUAUCAGACGCGGCCCGGCAGCUACCAGAUCGAGAUACCGCUACCACUCGGGAUGGUGGUGAACGCGGUGUUCAAGAACCAGAACUGGCUGUACGUGCAGACGCCCCACGCGGAGGAGGGCUAUGUGGCGUACGACACCUGUCUACCGCUCGGUAUACUGCCAUCAAACCAAAGAUCUUCAUCCAGUUCGAAGCCUACCCCUUGCUGGGAGUCGAACAAGGACGUCUUCCCGAAGCCGUGUGGCAAUCUGACGGACAGCGAGAAGGAAAUACAGCAGCUACGGGGUGGCACGCGCUCUGAGGGCCGCCGAACGCCUCGGCUGAAGCGAAGCAGUGCCAACAGUCGCAGUGCCGUGUCGAUCACCGCCUGCAACAGUGAGCGGGAUCUGGACUCGCUGUAUUUGCGCACGGUAGCGUCCAACCAACCGAAGACGGCCGAUGGGCAGGCACAGUACGCGCAGCUGAAGCUUACCACCAAGGUGCUGAACACGGUCGUUCCUUCGGUCAGGUCGGAGAAGUCUUUGGCAAUCGAGCAGCUGGAGAAGCUGAUCUGCUCCGGCAGUGGCGAUUACGUGCAUCUGUUGAAGCAGCAGCAGCAACAGUUGCUCUUGAAGCAGCAGCAGUACAUCACGCAUCUGCGUCAGCAGCAGCAGCAGCAGCAGCAGCAGCAGCAGCAGCAGCAGCAACAGCAGCUCUGUAAAGCCGACUCUCCACCAUCGAUUGGAAAGCCUACCAAAGUUAUCAAUGGAAGCAAUCACUUGCGCAUCUCACUUACCGGUACGACCAACGGGAAUGGGACGUUAUCGGUGCCUGGGGGUGGAGUUUGCACAGCGGGAGCCGCCGCUGCGGCCGCCGUUCGGCAGACACUGCUUGCCAUCACGGAGAACUACUGCUCGGAUGCGGUUUCGGUGCACAAGGGCGAUGUGGUAACGCUGCUCGCCUGCAAGGAGUACCAGGAGAAGGGUUUGAAGAACUACAAGCAGUGGUUUUUCGUGCGGACGCGCGACGGCCACGAGGGAUACAUACCGGCGGAAGCGGCCGGACAUGGGUUUCUGUAAUGUCUCUCUGAAGCCGGCAGAAGUUUUUGCAGCGGGAGAGGAGUUUGCCGACUGGUGCGUCUUGGAUGCAUCUUCAAUGUAGACCUGCUUCUGUGCGGGUUAGUCGACUUUAGAUAGCGUAAGCGUUACUGUUUAACCAAAUGAUAUUUAAAAGCAGCGUAAAACUUCCAUGAAAUAAGUGCAUGAACGAUAAUAAAUAGUUAUCACUCGCCGUGAUAAACCAUUUCAAUUUGAAAGUA